AUGACUCAACAUGACACAAUUCAUUGUGUCCAUGAGCCAUUUGGUGACGCAUUCUAUUACGGACCGGAGAGAUUAUCAUCUCGAUUUGAGAAUGACAAACAGACUCGAUUGGAUAGUGGAUUUAGCGAGUCUACCUAUGCCUCAGUCCUAGAGGGAAUUGAAAAAGAGGCAUCACAGGGAAAGCGAGUUUUCGUCAAGGACAUUGAUUACUAUUUAUUUGCACCCAAUCGAAAACCGACGAGUAUUGCUCCGUCGCUACUGAGCGCUAUGAAUGGACAAAAUCCUAGCAAGAGCCACCAGAAUGGUAGCUAUUCGAAGAACCAGGAUGCAAGCCAGUGUUCAGCUGAGCCAGGAAAUCCAACUGUGAUGCCUCAUACGAUACAGGAAAUGUUUCAUUUCGCAUUUCUGAUUCGUGACCCGCACUAUAGCGUGCCAUCAUACUACCGAUGUACAAUCCCACCGUUGCUGGAGAUAACAAAGUUCUACUUCGACCCUCUUGAAUCCGGAUAUGAUGAGCUUCGUCGCCAUUUUGAUUACUUGAGAAAAACGGGACUUGUUGGCCCGCAGGUAGCCACACGUUCCGAUCUAGACAACGCUGGACCAGAUUUCGAGCCCAGCAUAGCCAAACCUACUGGUCACGAGAUAUGCAUUGUCGAUGCAGAUGACUUGCUAGAAAAUCCGGCAGCAAUGAUUGAGGCGUUUUGCAAAAGUGUUGGACUUCAAUAUGACCCGGAAAUGCUAAGAUGGGACAGAGAAGUUGAUCACUCUGUGGCAAAUGACAAAUUCGAAAAAUGGCGCGGCUUUCAUGAAGACGCGCUGCACUCGGAUGGACUCCAGGCGAGAAGUCAUAAACGUGCACAGAAGUCAGAGGAAGACUUCGAUGCUGAGUGGCGUGCUAAGUAUGGCGAAGAGGCGGCGGCUAUGAUUCGACGGACUGUUGAUGAGAAUAUGGCUGAUUAUCUAUAUCUGAAGAAGUUUUCUAUGCGGGUAUAG